AUGUCUGGGAUUUAGUAUAUCAACGGAUCACUCUCAAUUAUUUGUAUUUAAUUAGAUAUAUAGGUAGAGUAGCCAACUUUAUGCCAAGAAAAUUCAGUUGUAGAAAGAGGAUUAAGCCUUGUUUAAUCCCUUGUUUAAAAGAUCGAUUUGCAGGAUGAAGAGGGACUUUUUCACUCAUUUUAAAGAGAUCUUAAGGUCCUUGCAGUUAUAUUUUGUAGAAUGUGUUUAAUUUUUUGGAGUAGAAGUUUUCUGAUGUUGCAAAACUUAAUUGAAAUUAUCUUAGCAAAUAUGAGUAGAAAAAGAUUUUGCAUUUUGCUACAGUCUUUUUUUUAUAAGUUAAAAAGAGUUCAUAAGUGA